AUGGCAUCAAAUUUUGAAUCCUUUAUUCAAAGGGGCUGUGAUUUCAUCCAUAAUUUCGCCUGUUCGGCUUGUGAAGAAGAUGGACUGAACACGGAAGCUCAACAUUUCUGUAAUCAGUGCACGAAAUAUUACUGCGAUAACUGUGUCCCAGUUCACAACAAGCUAUACAAGAGACACACAGUGCUCGACCGGAAGGACGUGAAGAAAUGGGCCGCAGCACCAGGGAUGGUGGACGUCCUUGAGAGAUGCGAGAGGCACCCCGGGGAGGCAUUGAAGCUGGUCUGUGGUGACCAUGACCAGCUGUGUUGCCAUGUGUGCGUUGCAGUGGAUCAUAGACAAUGUUCAUCAAUACAGCACAUUCCAGACGUUGCAAGGGGCAUCCGCAAAGAUCCCGGGUUUCGACAACUACCUCAACAGGUUGCUGUUCUUAGGAAGCAGAUAGAAGAUAUGAAAAACGACCGAAAGAAAACUAGUUCCUCAUUGAGGAAGACUCGAACAGCCAUUGUUGAUGAAAUCAAAGCAAUUCGUAAAAAGAUCAACGAUAUUCUUGACAAGAUGGAGAAAACAACCGUUCAAGAAUUAGACCGUCUGGUAGCUCAUCAGGAACAGUCCAUUAAGAAAGAUAUGGAAUCAUGCACUCAGAUGCACGAUGAAUUAAAGAACAUCAUAGAUGACAUACAAAGCAAAGACUCAUCAGGCGAACCACCCCUAUAUAUUGGGUUUAGAAAAUGUGAAGAAAAAAUCAAACAUGCAAACGAAAUUCUGCAAAACAUGUCAAAUGUUGUCAAAUACAAUAUAACUUUCCGUAAACAUAAUGGAAUAGAAGGUAAUUUGUCCUCGAUGGAGACAUUUGGAGAGUUAAAUGAAUCGACUGUUUUUGAUAAACAACAACUGAUAUCACUAUUCCCCCGAGAUCAUGUAUUCGGCACCAAAGGUUACAAGGAAUACAACGUGAAGAUGAGUUCAGACAAAGAUAAAUGUGAUAUUGAAGGGAUAUGUGAACUGCCUGGUGGCGAGUUUGUUAUUACAGACUUCACCAACAUGAAAGUGAAACUCUUGGACCAGGAAUACAGGGUUGUCGAGCACUGUGAUGUUCCCGAGUAUCCAUUUGACGUCUGCCACGUUGGCGGAAAUGAGGUUGCCGUUUGUGUAAACAACAACAAGAAAAAAAGACAUGAACUUCAUUUCAUUAACAUUACAAAAGGGAAACUUGUGACGACGAGAAAGUUAAGUUUUACCCAUGAAUGUAAAAGCGCAGCUCAUCACGGGAACAACCUUUACAUUUCAUCACACACCGCGCUGUACGUCUAUACGAUGACGGGACAACUUGUUAAGAAGCUGUACGAGGACAAGUCCGGUGAUUACACGGUGAGGAGAAUUGCCAUCAGUAACGAAGGGAAGACUAUAUACAUCACAAACUACUCAAACGAUCAACUAAUCACCCUGGACAACCUCGGCAACAAGCUGGCCACAUUCACUGAUCCUGACUUGUUGAGACCUUACGGAGUACACGCGACAACUGCUGGACACGUGUUCGUCUGCUGCUUUAUUUCCAACACAGUGAUGCAGGUUGACAAGGACGGGAAGACGAAGUUGGCCACACUGGCAAGGGAACAAGACGGCGUGUACAGACCUAAAGAUUUGUUCUUCAGCAGUCGUUCUUCCUCUCUGGUUGUCGGCGGAGAGAAAGACACGCUCCUCGUACUUAAUAGGCGAUAA